CAGGGGAGCUGGUUCCGGGCAGAGGCAGUGCAAGGGGCAGAGGCCAAGGCUGGAGCUAGGCUGAACCAGCCCUGUGCACCCCAGGACAGUGCCUGCAGUCACCCACCACAGUCAGGAGGUAGAGGGACAGGAGAAGAACCAUUUAGACUUAUCCUCCCGUCUUCCAGCCUCAGUUUCCCUCUUUGACAAAACCAAGUCAUAAAUACCUCCUCCCAUCUCCUUCACAGCCCAAACUGCCUCCAACUUACAGCAAUUCUCCUGCCUCAGCUUUUUCACUGCUAGCAAGACUGUCAACCUUACAAAAGGGGAAGGGCACUUGGCUUGUUUUAAAUGUUGGGGGGCGGCUCCUGGCACAGUGCUGCACCUGGGAGAGGGACUUCAGGGUCCCAAGCUGGACACACAGCCCCUGACCGUGACCUGAGCCUCGACCUCCUCGGUGCUGCUCGUCGUGUUCCCUCCAAGGCCCAUGGGCGGCGCAAGGCGGCUAUAAGGAGCGUCCUUACCCGCUGCCUCCUGCCACCAUGCACGCACUGCUGCUACUGCUGCUCCUGGCUCUAGGGUCCGCGCUGCGCUCCCCGCAGCCCCCGGAGGCGCGCGCCAAGCUCUGUGGUCACCACCUGGUGCGUGCGCUGGUGCGGGUGUGCGGUGGCCCGCGUUGGUCACCCGAGGCCACGCAGCCUGUGGACACCCGCGACCGGACCUCACCCUUCCAUGGCCACAAACUGGGGUGCACAGGAGGCAAACAGGCACACAGAGUUGGAGGGGAGCUGCUGCAGUGGCUGGAGCAACGACAUCUCCUGCACGCGCUCGUGGCCGAUGCGGAUCCCGCGCUAGACCCGGACCCCGCGCUGGACCCGCAGCUUCCUCACCAGGCUUCUCAGCGCCAGCGCCGCAGUGUGGCCACCAACGCUGUGCACCGCUGCUGUCUCACUGGCUGCACCCAGCAAGACCUUUUGGGUCUGUGUCCCCACUGAAGGAUUGUAGGGCUCAGGUGGUGUGUGUCAAUUAUUCCCCACCUCACAGCUGUGCCAAUGAAACACCCCCGGAUUGCCUUGGAGGAUCCCUAGUUUAUUCAUAGAUCCCAGAAACCAAGGACCACAGGUCCUGUCCCCAGGGAGCCCCAUCAUGACCUGUGCCCACCUCCUCCCUGUGGGCCAACAGUCUAAAUAAAAAAGCAACUUGAUGUUU